GGUCAGUGUUCCACACGGACGCUUCCAGGUGUAACACACGAGGUGCAGCCUUGAAAGCGGUUUGUUAUGAUUUUAGAACUGAAAUCAUAACUGUAGUAAUAAAAUCAGAGGAAUGUUGAACUGAUAAUCAGACAAACACAGGAGAAACACUCACAGGUUUGAGCUGUUUCUGUGUUGAAAGACAACCGUAAAAUGCUGUUUUCCGGGUUAAAAGUGUGGACUUCGAGGAGUUUAUGGAUACAUCGACUUCAUGAAGGUAUUAAUGGAGGUGGAAAAGCUCGUUAUUCCUCUUGCAGUCCAAAGGUUUGUAUUGUUGGAGGCGGCCCGGCGGGUUUCUACACAGCUCAACACCUGAUCAAGGCUCGUCCGGACGUUACGGUGGAUAUUUACGAGCGUCUUCCCGUCCCCUUCGGUCUGGUCCGGUUCGGAGUGGCUCCCGAUCAUCCAGAAGUUAAGAACGUCAUCAACACUUUCACGCAGACGGCCCGACACAAGCGCUGCAGUUUCUAUGGCAACGUGAACGUGGGGAAGGAUUUGAGCGUGACGGAGCUGCAGGAAGCGUACCAUGCUGUCGUUCUGAGUUACGGUGCGGAGGGCAACCGGAGGAUGGGCGUGCCGGGAGAAGAUCUGUCCGGAGUUUAUUCUGCCAAAGAUUUUGUGGGAUGGUACAACGGGCUCCCGAGCUGCAGAGAGCUGGGUCCGGACCUGAGUUGUGAGACAGCUGUGAUUCUGGGACAGGGCAACGUUGCUCUGGACGUAGCGAGAGUCCUGCUGUCGCCCAUCGACUUGUUAAAGAAGACGGACAUCACUCAGCCGGCCCUCGAGGUUCUGGAGGAGAGUCGGGUCCGAAGGGUUCUGAUCGUCGGGAGGAGAGGACCGACACAGAUCGCAGGAACUGUCAAGGAGGUUAGAGAAAUGGUGAAUCUUCCGAACACCAGACCGGACAUGUUGGCGUCGGAUUUUGAGGGCGUCAAAGAAGCUCUUAAAGAUUUGCCGAGGCCCAGGAAGCGUCUGACGGAGCUCAUGCUGAAGACGGCCAUGGAGACCCCGGGAGAAAAGGAGCAUGAGAGGCGGGAAAAGGCCUCCCGCGUCUGGGGCCUUCGCUUCUACCGGAGCCCAGUGGAAAUCCUGGCCGACCCUGAACGCAGCAGCAGGAUGGCUGGCAUCCGGUUGGCGGUCAACAAUCUGGAGGGAUCAGGCGAGGAAGCCCGGGCGGUGUUGACCGGAGAGAUGGAGGAUGUGAGCUGUGGACUGAUUAUCAGCAGCAUCGGAUAUAAGAGCCUCUCCAUCGACCCCUCGGUGCCGUUUGACUCCCACAGAGCCAUCGUGCCCAACAACAUGGGCCGGAUUCAAGAAGCUCCAGGUCUCUACUGUAGUGGCUGGCUGAAAACAGGCCCCACUGGUGUGAUAGCGACCACUUUGAACAAUAGUUUUGACACGGUUCGAUCCAUGCUGGAGGACAUGGACUCUGGAACGUUGAACACAUCGGCUGCGAAGCCGGGAUCACAAAGCAUCAACGCUCUGCUGGAAAACAGAGGAGUGAAACCAGUGACUUUCUCCGAGUGGGAGAAGAUUGACAGUGAGGAAGUUCGGAGGGGGGCGGCGAUCGGGAAACCCCGAGAAAAACUGCUGACUGUGGAGGAAAUGCUACAGGUGGCUGGAAAAUAACCUGAAGACGACAACAUUUCAUACCGUCCUGUCUGGGAUCAAUGACAGAAAUUACAUUAAAUGAUACGUAAUAAAAGCUAUUAGGUACUGCAGUUUACCCGUUAAAGCUUUUAGUUUUCGUUCAACUUCCAAUCAAUCCAAAGCACUGAAAAACUAAGUUUCCUGACGUGCCAACAUUAAAGACAAUUCUCUAUUAGAUGCUAUACAUAAUGAACUCCACUCUAAUAUAAUGUAUGUAUUUUAAAACGGGAAACUUCAUUAUUUGUCAACCCCAAAUGUAUAAUUGGUUCGGUAUUGAGUGAGAGUUACCGUUCACAUGUUUAUUUCAGGGUAUCUUUGCUCUCAAGAGCCCCUAUUAUGCUUUUUGUUGCUUACAUAAUACUGGACUCAUUUCAAAAACUGUUUCCCCAAUAGACAUGGGACACUGUUCAGGAAAAAUACUGAAGUUUCUCUUUAGAAGAGCAAUGACUGCUUGGGGACCAAAUUAUAUUUUGCAAGUGUUUGCACUGAAACAGAUAUUUUAUAAAUAAAUCAUGAUUUAUAUCC